UAUAGGAAGUGUAUACAAGCAACACAGAAAUCGGCAACACACAGAGAGGACGAUCAAAUUCAUGUGGAUGUAAACAUAGGCCUAGUAUUGUUCGUAGUAGCUUCAGCACUAUCGUAUAAUAUAUCGAUAUGUUUUCAUGAAUUUGCGUUUUCUCUACCAGUAUGUUACAGACGACAACAUCAAGAUGGGAAAUUACGCCUCUAAAAAAUCGACUGUUCACGCUGUUAAGCAAUCUACGGAUGUUGAUCAAGAAAUCCGAAGAAUUAUCUACGCAAUGUCUACCGACUUGUCCAUAUGUUCCUCAACUAUAAUGAACAGUGUUCAUUUACCAAAGGAAGAAAUAUGUCUGCCAAUUCAAAGCAUGUGGAAAACUACACAGUCUGCUGCGCAUGGUGGCUUCACAGUAACACAGACAUCAGACCAACCUGCAACCGUUACCAUCAUCGCAGGUCAGAAGCAGUUUUUAUGCAACAGAGGUCUAUUAGUGUCGAACAGCGAUUAUUUUAAGACCAUCUUUGAAACAGACAUGCAGGAGAAGCAUACAGGUCAUGUAAACCUAGAUACAAUCGACGCAGAAAGUUUCGAGAUAAUUUACAACUUUAUGAGCUUAGGUUACACAAAAUUCAAGAGCGAGCAACUGUAUUCAGUAAUGUACGCUGUCGAGUACCUGUUGAUUGAUCGACUAGCGAAUGCAUUGAUUGAUGCCGUGUCCACUCGAGUUGUCAGGAGGGACGUCACGGAAUCCGUUGACUUAUUUCUUGCUGCAGACACGUUUCACUCUUUUCAGAAAUUGCGGCAGCAAGCAUUCACUAAGUUAUGUUGGGAUUUCACCAGAUUGAUUGAAAGUGAAGAGUUGUAUCACCUUCCGAGGGAGGUGCUCCAGGAGUUGGUGUCAUCUCCGAGACUGAAUGUAAGCAGCGAACUGGACAUCUUCACAGCAAUCAUCAUGUGGACAGACCAUGAGCCAGCUACCAGACGGUCAUUUCUCAACGGUCUUCUGCAACACGUCAGACUACCUCUAAUCAACAUUGGUGAUAGAGUGAAAAUUAUUAAGCCGAUUUUGUCGCGGUUUGAAAUUUCUCUAGACGCACUGGAAUCGGACGGCAUUUAUGAAGCACAAGUUGAUAAAUGCGCGGUUGCCAUGAGGCGCAAACCAGACCACUUAUCGACGCUGAUGAAACCUAGAAUUAGAAUGGGAACAGAACGUAUACUUCUCGCCGCCAAAAUUUGCGCAGUUAAUCCAAAUAUAAGAUAUUCGUCAGUAAAGUGGUUUCUUGUCGACCCACGCGCAGGAAUGGCAGAUGAUGGCUUGUUUCUUACCGAUUUUAAGGAACUAGAAAACAUGCAGUCUUUAGACACAAUCAGUGUUGUUGGAGACGGUAAAGUUAUCUACACGCGUGAUUAUAAGUCUGCACCUCAUAUUCACGUAAUAAACUUAGAAACUCGAGAAAGGAGCACAAUUCCUUGCCCUCAUCCGCGCACUAGUUCGCGUGAAGCGUCUUUGAAGGGUAUAUCUAAAAGCAGCAAGAAAAAUAACGAAGUGUUAUUGUUAGGUUUACUAGAUAACUGCUUAUUCGCUCUUGUUAUUGAAAAACUUUUUGGAAAAUCAUUAACUUUGUACUCCUGUAACCUUGAAACAAAAGAAUGGCAAUUUAGAAGUAUCCUGUCUACGACGCAUUGCUUUGAUGAGCCUAGUGGUAUUUUUUACGGAGGACUGCUGUAUAUUUUUACGUAUAUUACGAAAGACAGACGCGUGGCAGGCCCAGUGAACCAUUUCGAGGUACACGCUUUUGACCCACGGACUGACGUGUGUUCGAUGCGUUCCUACCCAGAACCCCUCAAACCCUUGACUGUGGUAGGAAUGGCCGAUCGGUGGAUUUACCUCGUGCCGACCUUUGGUCAUGAUUGCGUUUACCGUUACAAUACGGUGAAUUGGGACGUAUCAAAAGUGACUGAUUCUAUGCCGUGUGACCACGAAGGUAUUAAUGACAUCACUCGUGCAAUAUUUGUAAUUGAAUGCCGUUUGCUCUGCGCGUUUAUCGAAGCUGGACAUGAGCGAAUGAAUUUAUGUGCUUACUUAUUAGUGAAUGAACAUUGGACCGAAAUUCUCCAAAUGCCUCUUAAUAUUGGUAUAACGAUUCCAGACAACUGCAAGAAAUUGGUUGAAGUCCAACUUAAGGGAUUUUGUAUAUAGAAAAUUUGAUGUAGGCCUAGGCCUUUUAUAAUAUAAUUAUCUAUAUUUAUAUAAUGUUCAUAAAAAUGGCUGUAACGUACAAAAUAGACCUAGAGAACCAUGUUAACCUAUAUCAAAAUACGUACUACCGUAUAUAAUAAUGUAAUAAAUAUAUAUUUAUGUAGGUUUAUUGAAUUUCGAGUGACUGGUGUUCCUCUACUAGGCCUAUUUAUAUAAAUUGUAAUUUCAUAAUCUAUUAUAUAAGUAAAAUGUAAUACACUUCCAUGAGCCUCUGCAUUUUGAUAGCAAAUCAAUCCGCCUCGUCAGUCGGAGAGAAAAAAAAAAAGGUUCCGUACAUAAUAUGUGAAUAUACGUUUUUACGAGCGAAUAGUGUCGAAACCCUUUACCGCAAAACCAUUACCUAGACACAUAUUAUGUUGGGAUUGCUUACACGCUACGGGUGUUACCAUAAUUUAUACGGAUUGUACUGAAUGAAUGCUUUUAUCAAUCCACUUAAACUAGUCUUCCAAUUUACAUGAGAGACCGACCUCAGUUGAAUACGAAAAGCGUCUAACUGCGCCGCUCGUGAAACUCGUCAUCUAAAAUGCCAAAUGUUGACGUACACUAAUACGUGUUAGGUGCAUCAUGAAACAGUCAUCCAAACUUGUUUAAUGUAAUGCGCUUUGGCGUUCGUUUCCGCUAUUUUACAAGCUUUAGACAAUAAAUUUGGUGACUAAAUACAGUAAAAUAGUAGAAAUGCUAAUUUAUGAUUCAGAUUUUCUAUUACUUGAUCAGGUAUCUCCAUGAAUACGCUUAACAUUGCUUUUAUUAACCUGAUAUAAUAGUGCAUUGUCUAUAUGUUGCAAACAGUGUUCCAUCUGUGCAGUAAAAGCAAUGUUAGAAGAACAACAUAAUGGUCUAGGCCUAUAGAUGAGUUGUUGUUUAAUAGCAACCUAUAUCCAUUUAAAAUUACCUUUUCAAUAAUGUAUACCUGAUUUAAUUCCUGCCAGGUCUACAUAAGUAAGACAUAUCCGAAAUUUAAUUGAACAGUAUUGCAGGCAUUUGAUGAAAAUGCCGAAUUAUAGGCCUAAUUUGAUGUGGAUUACAAUGCUACUUUAUAUUAUGGCAGGCCAAUAUAAUAAUUUGUUCAUAAAUUCUAUAUACAUUAUGACGGUAUGCAUAAUAUGCAGUGAUACCGUAGUGAGGAUGGUAAUAAUAAUAAACACCGUACUGCACAAAAUGACGAUUGGCUCUCUCCAUUCUAUGUACCCCACAUCAUAGUAGCUCUAUAUAUACUUGUAUAAGAGACAGAUAUAAUAUACAACUUCAAGGGAUCAGUGACAAAAUGAAAACCAGAGAUUACGUUUUAGUGGGAACAUAAACAAUUUAUGUCUCCUGCGACCUCAAGAAAAGUAGCAGGACUUUCUGAAAGUACACGUCCUGAUGUUGACAGGGCUAAGGGCCGGUGAAUCGUUUGCAUAUAAAAUUCAUGUUCUAAUAUAUGCCAACCUUGUCACUUUAAUUUAUUAAUGUCUCUCUUCUUCAAUCAUUUAUUUUGAAUCGGCGCAUUAUUAAAUGUUUGAUUAUGUAAUUAUUUUGUUGGGGAAAGCGUGCUCAACUGUAUACGUUUUCAUAAUACUGAGGUGCGUAUUGUCUUUAUUAUUCCCCUAAAGCUCUGUCCAGACUAUCAAACAACUGUAUAUUAUCAUGAUGUGACGUCAUCAUGACCAUAUUUAGGCAUGUCACAUGUUUUUGUUCAAAUAGCAUUUGAUAAUCUGGACAGGGCUUCAGGCCAUGUUUGAACCACUGUAUCAUUACUUUGUCAUGUGCAGGUUUGCGCAUAUUUUCAAUAAGAUGCAUUGUUAAUUUCCUCCUCAUUUAAUCCGCAAUUUUAAUGAGAUAGUCUGAGAAUUUUAUACAUAACACAAUGAUAUAUCCAUUUACCUACCUAUAAAAUACUUUUCCCGCUUCAUACUUAAUCCUAUUUGGGUUUUUUUUUUUUGCAAAUCUUCAAUUCGGGUCACGUGCUGUUGAAUAGGUAUGUUGUGUGAAAUUUGAUUUUAACGUUUUCGAUGACGUAAGGUUUACAAGAAGUGCUGUAUCGAAUAAAACAUAACGAGAAGGAUCAAAUUCAUAAUUAUAUCACGAUGUUAAAAUGAUAUUUUAAAUGAAAUGAAUUGAUAACGGCAACAAACACCAGAUAAAUGUGAUGCUGUACGCCGUUGUAAUAAUAUUUAUAUUAAAAUGGUAACAUUGCGAGUUAGA